AGGGGGCUUCGCAACGGGUCGCCUUUCUCCGGAAUCGUUGUUUAUUAUCGUUUCACCCUAAACCUACCGGGGGAAAUCCCAUAUGUUGGGGCUCUCUCGGUGAACGGCGAUGAAUGGUGUGCUCUCCUGAAGUGGGAACCCCCUUUCACGUCGUCCUGUUUUGAAUUCCGACCGUUACAGCGAAGCAUGGCGACAUCUAGUCGUAGGAUCCGUAGGGUCAAGAGUGACCUGGGACCUGCUUUAUCUCUGCGAGAUAAGAGACGCUGCCCUGUGGGAUGAGAUUCUUUUUUGUUUGGACGGGUUUAUUGAUUUUGAUUAGCGUCGCGAGAGUUGUUGUAAUUAAGAUCGAUGGAUUUUGUAUUGUAGUUUUUUACGCUUUUGUGAAGGUAACCUUGGGGAUGCGAUGGAGGAUGUUGAGAGGUAGCGGAAUAUUUUGAUUUUUAUGGUAUCGUUGAUGCUGAAUGUUUCCUCGUCAGGGUCAGCUUGACCGCGAUGAUGCCGAGAGAUCACUGAUAAAUUGUUUAGGCGAGAAAUGAGUUACAACGAGCAUCGUUGAUAACGUAUAUAAAAUCGUCAAACCGGAAACUAGCUAGUGCGAAGCAGUUAACGAUAUCGUGUUCGCACAGGAACACCGACUGUCAUUAUUCUGAUGAUUAAAGUCGACGAUCCUUAUAGUUUUAUGCGCGACUUUGUAUUCAACGUGUUUCGUUGUCCAUCGUCGUUCCGCCCCGUUACGGCGAUCGAUUUCCACGAAGUCGAGGCGAGCGUCAUUGAAUUGAAUUUUACAUCGCGAUCAAAUAAUUAUAGAUGUUCGCGUGACGAACGCUCGCUGACAGAUCGCGAGAUUGUCGCACGCGGGGCUUUCAAUUUUGUCCAUUGUACAUCUCCCGUGAUCACGACGGUCCGCCGUUGGCCAUUGUGGCCUCUCAGCGAAUAUUUCAGCCUUACAUGCUGAUGCUCGCGGCCUAGUGACUGUACAUAGUGGACGCGAUGGAUCUUACACAACACUUAUACACAUGAAGAGGACACACGGCGAGUCGUGUGGCCGCCUUAGCCGCAAUACGGGCCUCCCUGCGUCAGUGGACCACGAUGAUCGGUGCACGCUGUUCAUACGUUUUCCCUUGCUACUUUAAAAUGUCACGGAAAACGUGAGAAUUUCUUCUGAUACGGAAACGAGCCGUGCAUCUUCCACUCGGAACCUCCAAAUGCAACGAACUGCACGAUCCUGAGGACCAAGGAUGUCAAAACGACUCAGCUUCUAUGGUCUGAUAGGCCUGGCGUCCCUUUGCAUCUUCUUCUUAGCAUUUAAUCAACGCUACAGCAGCUAUCUCGAGCAUCGACUGCAGCCGGUGAUAUCGGUCAGUAAAAAAUCGGAGGUGGGGAUUGCUCUAAAUUGAGUCACGCCAAACACGCUCUUUCUGAUGGAUGUUGAGAUAAGGCCCCGCCUCGUCAAAAUUCAAGAACCAGUAACGACAUAUUACAGGGGAUCUACAGAAAAUGUUACACUUUCCGGAAUACAGGAGGUCGUGGAUCAACAAAGAAAAGCGAUCCAAAGGGAAAUGGAAGACUACGAGUAUCCUAAUGGAAAAUAUGGUGUUAAUGUUAGCAAGUUAGAAGAUUUGGUUAUGGAAAAAGGUGGGAGACCAAUGAGGAGCGUAAUUUUAACAAGUUGGAGGAGUGGAAGCACAUUUUUAGGUGAUGUCGUAAACGCACACCCAGCAAAUUUUUACCAUUAUGAACCCCUGCUUGACUUUGGAAUUGUGCAAAUUCGAGGCCCCCCACUCGCAGACGAAGCCCUCCGAAACCUCGAAUCUUUAUUGAGAUGCGAGUUCCAUAACCUCGAUCGAUACUUGGAUUACGGUAAAACACAUCCUUGGGUCUUUAAUCACAAUACACAUUUGUGGAGGCAAUGUCAAGCACACAAGAAGAUUUGUUGGGAUCCACGUUUCGUUUCCAAGUUUUGUAAAUUAUUCCCCUUUCAGUCGAUGAAAAUUGUUCGCCUGAGGUUACGCGCAGCGGAGAAACUUUUAGAACAAGAAGAUUUAGGGAUACGGUUAGUUCUAUUGAUUCGUGAUCCAAGAGGAAUCCUGCAAUCACGAAAGCAUCGGGAAUGGUGUCCCACUAAACCGGAUUGUUCGGAUCCGGCAUUGGUAUGCGCUGACAUGGUGUCCGACUUCAGCGCUGCAGUGCGAUUAAUUAAAAAAUACCCACGUACUUUCAGGGUAGUACGUUACGAAGACUUAUCCGUAGAUCCUUACAAGCACGUGAAAGACCUAUACAAUUUUUACGGUUUGGAUUUUCAUAUAAAUGUAAAAAGAUUUUUGGAUACUCAUACAAAGAACGACGUCGGCGGUGUAUCGAGCACUUUCCGUAAUUCCAAAGUAGCGCCAUUUCAUUGGCGCACGGAUCUCGACUACGAGGAAGUGGACGCGAUACAAAGAGUAUGCGCCGAGGCAAUGCAACUAUGGGGAUACGUGAUAGCGUUGAACGCUACACAUCAAAAAGAAUUCAAUCCUCUUACCGAGUAUCACUUGCAAUUGUGACAUCCAUCCUAGCACGAGAUCAACUUGUAGUCUAAAUGGCAAAUAUCACGCUAAAGGAACAGUAUUUUAGCUGGUUUCCGCGCAGAUACCGGGAAUUAUCACAAGUGCCGUACUUCACAUUGAAAUGGUAAAGGUGCUGCUAACACAGCUUGCCCGGCCAAAUCCUUACGAACUGGAUUCGGCGAAGUAACGAAUAAUCAACCUCGUAAGACCAAUGGUGAAUCUGUUCCUUAAAUGAAUUUAAGAGGACGCGCGAAGUGCUCUUUAAUCUUGUUGCACAACGAUAAAAAUGAAAAUUGAUCUAGGAUUUUUAGACCAGAGUAUUAGGCACUGAGAACUGAACCGAGUUCCUAAGACCCUGGUGUGCAACAAGGAAGUAUCCAUAUCAGCGCAAGCAUUACGUGAACCUAAAUGACACGACACUUUUUUAGAUUUCAAAGUUUAACUAUGAUUCCCACAAGUACCAUUGUAAUAUGCAAUAGGAUUUUCCACUGAGCAACGGCGUUAGAUUUUGAACGUUAUUUUUCACUAGAAUAUUUACUGAAAAAGAAAAACAAAGACACGACAUGUAGGGUUUAUUUUACUACGCGACUGUCUGUUUUCACAUUUUCAGUCCGGAACGACUUAUAUAAGGAUAUUCCUUUUAUAAAGAGGUACAUCGGUACACUUACACACACGGUUUCACGAGCACAUGUACAUUAAUAUUAUAAUAUUGAUUUUUUUACACGUUAGCAUGAGUAUUCUUUAAAGAAAAAAAGGAAUUGGCACUCACGAAGUCUGUACCUGCGUUAGAUGUCGUUUCAUUUGUUUCAAGUAAGAAUAGUUUCCGCGUAACCGGCCUUCAUGCCAAAAACUAGAAAAUGAUAUUAAGCUUGUACAAUUUUUUCUUUUGUACAUACACAAUGGAAAUAAUGUUAUUCCGUAAAGUACAUUGAACAAACGCGAAAAAAAAUACUCGUGUAGUCUGAACUCAGUCCAUGACAAACGUAAAAUGACAAAUCAUUGAUGAGCAAUUUUUAACCCUUUAACUACGGCUGUCGUCAAUAAGCGAUUUGAUGAAUUAUGCCGGGAAUGGGAGUCGCUUAUUGACUUUUAUUUAUUUUGUUGAGAUUGCAUCAAUGAAACAAGUGCGAAGAGUGUUUAUGUUUAUGUCUUUGUACAUAAAUCAUCACAUAUAGAUAAGAAAUGUAUGUAUCAGCAUUUGUACAACUUUUUUUUCUAUUUUGCGUUUAGACAGACACAUUUGUGAAUAUGUACGAGUAGCUAAAGGGUUAAUGAAAUUUUUAUUUAAAUUUUUUUGGGCGUAGGCGCAUUUGCUAAACGUACUGUAAAGUUAUUCAUAUGAAUUUUUAAUAAAUUUUAUAUACUGCAUUUGUAGCAUCCUAUAAAUAUAUUUACUUUACAUACUUAUUGAUUAAUUAAUAUUUCUUUUACGAAAUAAUGUAUAAAAAAACAAGAUAUAUGAAUCAAGUACUAAUGCUCAAUUUGGAUGAAAACGUAGCUUUCCAUGACGAUCGCAGUCACUUAAUGAAAUUUGUACUUUAAAUUAAAGCUUCGAAUGUAUCUGCCAUUUAAACUUACGAAUCAUGUAUUUGAAUCCGGAGUUCCGUUUUUUAUUUCGUGUCACGUUUUCAUUAAUAUUCUUUAUAGGAAAGAUGCUAUAUUGUAAAGAUAGUAAUAAAUUAAAAACAAUUGAAUUUUAUAUUUGAAACUACUGCAUCAGUACCACUUUGUGCAUUAUUACUUUCCAAGUAAACACGACAGUAUAGUCUAGUAAUGUUUUACAUUUUAUAGUACCAUUUGAAUGUAUCAUACAUCUUUUAUGGAAUAAAUUUAAUUUUUCCUAAACGAUGCUCAUUCCGUAUCUCUUAUUAUGGUUAUCUGAAACAGAAAAUAAUGGAAACUCAAACUUUACAAAUACGUCUCGUAUUAUUAUAAAAUUAUACUUUUAUUUCAGAUAAAAAGAGAUAGAUUAUCAUUAAAUUUUCAUAGCGUAUAUUGUAAAACAUCAUUAAAGAUAAACAUUAACUAGUUUUGUUCUUCGAUUUUUGGUUAUACUAUAAACAUAAGGAAAAAUCUAAAAAUACCGUACCUUUCGAUUUAAAUAUUUAUUUUUGUACUGUCGAGUAACACAUCUCACACUUCGUACCUGAAGAAACAGAAAAACAAAAUGCGUUAAAUUAACAUAACCUUUUCUAACAGCACACAUUAAUUAAUAUUAAUUCAUAACUCAGUGAGGGCAAGUGCAAAUCAUGAUGGUAAGUCAUAUUAGCGUAUAAAUAGGUAACAUCACAGUUUAUAAUAAUAAACGCACUGGAAUUAUUAAAUUUAUUGCUCACCUAAUUCCAGAACGAGGUUACUUAAA